AUGGGAAACAUCUUUGCAAACCUCUUCAAGGGCUUUUUUGGCAAAAAAGAAAUGUGUAUUCUCAUGGUGGGCCUGGACGGGGCUGGGAAGACCACCAUCCUGUACAAACUGAAGCUGGGUGAGAUCUUGACCACCAUUCCCACCAUAGGUUUCAACGUGGAGACUGUGAAGUAUAAGAACAUCAGCUUUGUCGUGUGGGACGCGAGCAGCCAGGACAAGAUCCGGCCUCUGUGGCGCCACUGCUGCCCAAAUGGACAAGGGCUUAUCUUUGUGGUUGACAGCACUGACCAAGAACGCAUGGAGGAGGCCAGAGAGGCACUCAUGUGGAUGAUGGCGGAGUUCACAGAUAUUAUCCUGCUUGUGUUUGCAAACAAGCAGGACCUCCCCAAUGCCAUGGACACAGCUGAGAUCACAGACAAGCUGGGCCUGCACUCUCUGCAUGACAGAACCUGGUACCUUCAAGCCACCUCUGCCAUCACAGGGGCUGGACUCCAUGAGGGACUGGACUGGCUGGCCAAUCAGUUCCAAAACCGGAACUGA